UGAACGAGCUGCCCUCCCUCCUCCUCCUCUUCCUGUCGUCCAGGGAAAUAUGUGUCUCCUCUUCCUGGCCUUUGCCUUCCUCCUUCUUGCCUGUUAUUCCCCGCCGUCCCUUUUUCCGUCCGCCGAGGGCUCACGGUCGUGUCCACACCACUGCAUUUGUUAUGAGCACGCCGACCUGGUGGACUGCCGCAGCCUUGGGUUCGAGCACGUUCCCAGGGGCCUCCCACACGGCACGUGGCUGCUGGAGCUGGGAGGGAACAAUCUGAGCGAGAUCGGGACCCGAGCCUUCACUGGACUGUGGUCCCUGCGGGUGCUGGUGCUGACCAACAGCCAGAUAGAAGAAAUACAACCACAGGCAUUUUUCUCUUUGUCCUUCCUGGAGAAACUGGAUCUCAGCUGGAACCAGUUAACGUCUCUACCUGUCGACUUCUCAGCCAGUCUGUCUGCGCUCAAAGAGCUGCGACUGGAACACAACAACUUACAGCACGUAUCUGGAUACAGCUUGGAGUAUCUGGACAACAUGGAGAAACUGGACCUCAGUUACAACCAGCUGGUGAUGGUUGGCCCCGGUGUGUUCAGGGGCCUCUCCAGGCUGAGACAGCUCUACCUGCACAACAACCGACUGACUCUGGUGCAGCAGGGCAGCCUGGAUAUGCUGCCUGGACUGGAGGUGCUCCAGCUGAGUAACAACAACAUCUCUCAGAUCGACAAUGAUGCUCUGGCGCCUCUCUACAGCCUGGCCAUCCUCGCUCUGGAAGGAAACAACCUGCAUCACCUAAAGUUUAAGACCUUCAUCAGCCUUCAUACAACAGCGACACACAUCCAGCUGUCAGGCAACCCUUGGAGCUGUGACUGCGACCUGCAUCGCGUCUUCAGUAAGAUCCUGCACGUUCGCCACCUUCACAUCGACGACUACCGCAACGUGACAUGCCAGGAUCCACCGCAGCUGGCGGGGGCUUCGCUGGCCUGGGUGGACAGCCAGCUCUGCAUCGCAGAGACCGCCACCGUACUCGUCAUCACUGUCACGGUGCUGGUUACCGUGGUGGCGGCUUUGGUGAUGGCAGAGAGGAACAGGAAGAGGAACAGUGGGAAGAACUGGGACACUGAGUCACAGAAUCAAAGUUAGAGCCGUCCGUCCUGAGAGUCGUCCUCACAAACAGCGAGAGGAUGAGAGCUGACAUAUAUGUCAAAAAGAGCAUACAAAUCUGGGCCCUGUAAAUGUGAAGAGGUUCCUCUUUCUGUUUUAAUAAUUUCAGUAUCAUUCAGUCAACUAAACACAUCAUCUGUAAUGGUUACUGGGAACAUCAGAAUCAGAAUUAGAUUUGUUACCAAGUAGGUUUUCAUUCAGUGUGUUUCCAUGACGACAGAGGAAAUGGAUUUAUUGUGCCAGACUUAUUAAAGCCCUGUAAACAUGUCAGUGUGAGUGAAAUGUUCCUGCAGUGAAUGUGUCACAGUGGGACUAACACACCCAGAUCAUGUGACUCCUGCAUGUAUACAGUCAGUCAGACCCAAACUGGCCGAGGCGCUCUGAGCAUGCUCCACAGUUUCCGCCCCGGGCUUUGACCCGGAAGUCCAAUAGCAUUAAAUGUGUAAGAGAAGAAGAAGCCGGUAACAACAUGGAGAAAUCUACAUCCAGAGCCGUGACUUUUUGGACGCACCAAAUGUACAGAGCUGUAAAGUUGUCCACCAUGGUAGCAGUUAGCUGCUAGCUAACCGUAGCUAACUUGUUUGUCCAUUGUUUGGUCUGUGACGUAAUAGGUCAACAGGAAAAAGGUCCAAUACUAACAAGCUGAAAGGGGGCAUAUCUCCACCUAUCGUAGAGGAGUCGCACAUACUUGGCUCAAUAAAUGGAUUCCCCUCCCGUGCUUGUAUACUGGGACAAGGACAGUAGGCCAGUUAGAUGUCCUCGUCCAGCUGGGACUGUAGAAACACUUCACUGUGACUAGACUGACUUGGAAGGAAUCUCCUUUGGU